AUGAAUAACAAAACAGGUUGCUUUUUAUGGAACCUUAGGCAAUUCAGUACUUUAGUUUCAACAUGCAAGAGAAGAACUGUCAAACUAGUAUAUCCUUUGGGAUUUUGCAGAACAGUAAAUGUUCUUCCAUAUUGGAACCCAAGAAACAAAUUCUUAAAUGACCAUGAAAAUGGAAUGCAGUUAUCUAUUAAAUAUUUCUUUCAGGAUGCACUGAGUUUUAAAUCGGGAGAUGUUGGCUUUCAAACAAAUGGCAUAAGUACUGUACGAGUCCCUAUGAAUGACAGAUUACUUUGCCCUAGAAGAUUGUCAUUUGACUCAAAACGUUCUUUUGCCACUGUUGGUAUGUCUGAUGGUGGACUGAAGAAAAUAGACUUUGAUCAUGAGGUCUCCAAUGAAGAUGUUCUCAUUAAGGAAACAAAACCAAGCCAUCAAAAACUGUCUCAGGAGUACAAUUCCCUGAGUGAUGUGUUGGAUGCCUUUUCAAAAGCCCCUACAUUUCCUAGUAGUAACUAUUUCUCAGCAAUGUGGAAAAUUGCCAAAACGAUGUCUGAAGACCAGAAAUGCAUUGAAAAGCAACUGAUGUUUAACCACCCUGCUUUUAGCCAGCUGUGCGAACAUCUGAUGAGAGAAGCCAAGAUUAUGUACUGUGACCACCUGCUGUUCAGUCUUCAUGCUGUAGUGAAACUUGGCCUCCCUCAAAAUACGCUACUGGUGCAAACUUUGCUGAGAGUGGUUCAGGUACGGAUCAAUGAGUGUGAUGAGAAAUGCCUUUCAGUUUUGUCAGCUGUUCUAGCAGCAAUGGAGCCUUGCAAGAAUGUGGACGCUCUUCGAGCGGGAUUACGGAUACUAGUUGAGCAGCAAGUUUGGAAAAUAGAACAUGUCUUCACAUUACAAACUCUGAUGAAAUGUCUUGGAAAAGAUGCACCGAAUACUCUUAAAAGGAAACUGGAGAUGAAAGCUGUGAGAGAACUAGACAGAUUUUCUGUUCCGAACAGUCAGCACAUGUUUGAGGCUCUGGCUGCCAUGAAUCUCCGUUCAGUUGUACUGUUAAAUGGAUGCAGUAAGAUGGUUGUAGAUAAUAUCCAUGAAUGUCCUUUUAAGAAAAUGGUCUGCAUAUUACAGUCCUGCAGAGAUCUCCGGUACCGUAACUUUGAUCUCUUCAAGGGAAUAGCAGAUUAUGUGGUUUCCACUUUUGACGUGUGGAAGUUGAAACAAGUUUUCUUACUCCUAGCUUUAUUUGAAAACUUGGGCUUUCGACCUGUUGGCUUGAUGGACUUGUUUAUGAAGAAAGUAGUAGAGGAACCUGAAUUCUUAAACAUGAAAAACACCCUGGCUAUUCUUCUUGUGUAUUCUUCUCUCAAUCACUUCCACGAGCACCAGAACAAAGAGUUCCUAGACAUUAUGGCUGAUGCUCUGACUGGCUGUCUUCACCAGAUCUCUUCUGAAAACCUGUUGAAUGCUGUGUACUCAUUUUGCUUGAUGAACCAUUUUCCCCUGGCAGCUAUUAAUCAGCUUCUCCAAAAGGACAUCAUCAGUGAGUUGCAGACAUCAGGAAAUGUGAAGAGGAAUGCUUACAAGCUUCAUCUCUUAGCCACGUGCCUAGAACUUGAAGAUACUCCCUAUCGCAAGUCCACAGAUGUGGCUCUGCCGGCUGUGCCAUCAGCACCAGUGUAUCCAAAUGCAAAGCUUGAAGAGGCGUUAAGUAGCCUUCUGGGAGGUGAAGGUUGCUUCUCCAAGAAUGUGCAGUUGCCACAUAAUUAUCAUAUUGAUUUUGAAAUUAGAAUGGAUCCUAGCAGAAGUCAAGUGUUUCCAGUUUCUGACACGGAUGUGGUAUCAUCUGCUGCAGAUAUUCAAAGAGUAGCUGUGCUGUGCAUUCCUAGAUCUAGUUAUUGUUUUAAUUCAAACCACCCCAGAGGAUUGCUUGCCAUGAAGAUGCGACAUUUGAAUAUAAUGGGCUUUCAUGUUGUCUUGGUCAAUUCGUGGGAGAUUGAAAGACUAGAGAUCAACGAUGCCGUCACAUUUUUGAAGAAUAAAAUCUAUUCAAGUGAAGCCCUUCUUACCACUGAUGUUAAUUUGGAAAAUACGUGUUAA